AUGCCAGAGCCAACCUCGCCGACGUCGGCGACGUCUCCCAAGGCUUAUAGGCACAUCAUUUUGACAACGUAUCCCGGCCAAAGCGGUAUUGAACCCGUGCCUCUCGAAUGGGGUGCCCCAAAUGCCAAAUUGCGCGGUCCGAUUGUGGUGUCGCGGAGUGGGAACCUCGUGAAGCGCCGCAAUGCGAUCGGUGCUCAUGGCGGCAGCUACAGCAUCUAUAAUGCGUUGGCCAUUGCUGCGGGCGAUCUCGAUGCUGAUUUUCGACCCGAUUUGCGUAACAGCGAGCCGACUUUCAACUUUGUGCAACAGCCAGCGUGGGGCGAUAUAAAGAAGAUCGUCUCGAUGGAUCCGUACGGACAUGAUAUCGUCAACCAGUACAAAGAGGAACUGGCAGCCGGCUGGGAUAUCCGGCCCACUAUGGCCAUCACCAGGGCUAACAUGAAACUUGCAGAGAUUGGCGAAGCGGUAAAGGAGGGAAAGUUGAAUGUGGAUGGCUCUAUCAUUGUUGACUCCUCCGGCGAGGUACGCGUCACAAAGGUCGCAGUGGAACCGGUGUGGUAUCUGCCUGGGGUGGCCGAGCGAUUUGGCGUGGAUGAAGGCACUCUGCGUCGAUCUUUGUUCGAGCAUACCGGUGGCAGCUAUCCCGAGCUUAUUACUCGGACAGACCUGAAGGUCUUUCUUCCCCCGAUCGGAGGCCUCACGGUGUACAUCUUCGGUCCACCUGAACGAGUAUCUGACGAGAAUGUCAAGCUGGCAUUGCGCAUUCACGAUGAAUGCAAUGGCAGUGAUGUCUUCCAGUCAGAUAUCUGUACAUGUCGCCCGUACCUAGCCUUCGGUGUCCAGGAAGCGAUUCGCGAGGCGCAGAAUGGCGGAAGUGGCGUGGUCAUUUAUUUCCGGAAGGAAGGUCGUGCUUUGGGAGAGGUAAUCAAGUACCUGGUGUAUAACGCCCGCAAACGUGGAGGAGACACCGCCGACAAGUACUUCACACGCACGGAGAACAUCGCAGGCGUGCGGGAUAUGCGAUUCCAAGCCCUCAUGCCCGACAUCCUUCACUGGCUAGGCAUAAAGAAGAUUGACCGCAUGCUGUCCAUGUCGAAUAUGAAGCACGACGCCAUCGUGGAAUCAGGAAUUAAGAUCCUCGAGCGUAUUCCCAUCCCCGAAGAUAUGAUCCCCAGCGACUCGCGGGUCGAGAUCGAUGCGAAGAUUAACGCUGGAUACUUCACUACUGGGAAGCAGUACACGAUGGAAGAGCUUGCUCAGGUCCGUGGGCGUGGAUGGGAAAAGUGGGAGGACAUUACGCAUUAA